AUGUCUGAAAAAGACAUGAAACUUGGUGGAGCAGCUGCUACCAAAUUUGCCAGCAAGAAUUCUUAUGAUGGAGCAGCGAGUGCAACUUACAAGUCGACCGAUCAAGUGCGCGAAUAUUAUCUCAGUGAGAUGGAACGUCUGAAAGAAGCCAAGGAAGUAGAGCAGUCCAAUACAUCUACAACGAAUGAAGCUUCUGGUACUUCUGUCUCCUCUUCGAAUGUCCCCGACUUUUGGGCGAGUCGGCAAAGGGAACGAGACUUGCAAGCUAAGCAAAUGGGAGUAUUUGCACGCAACGCUACCACCAUGCCCCAGCAGCAAAAUCAGUCAGUACCAUCAUCUUCUCCAGUUUCAGUAAUGGCGUCAGCUACGUCAUCAACGACUGGUGCCUCAAGUGGCAGUUCCUUAUCUCCCGAAGUUGCCCUUGUUCAGAUUGCUACCAAUACUCUAGAAACCAUGGCAGCUGCAAUGGAAAGCAACAGUCAAACCAAAAUCCCCAUGUCAGAACGGGCUGCAUUUGCUAAUGCAAUGAAACGAGCCAUGGCUGCCUUGGCCAAACAGUCGAGCUAA